UUGUUUAGUACUGAUGCUAUUCUAGGUUGCACGUAUGCAGUUAGAAAAUCUGCAUGAAAAAGUAUGUCAUUCUUGUGUCUUAAAUGUGACAAAAAUCAUGACAAGUUGGGGUCACACUAUGGCCGGGUCGAUUGGUUCGGCUUGUUUGCAUUCGGUGCUUGCUUACUCUUUUGUUCGGCGCCAUAUCGCUAAGCACUACUACUCCUGCAUCGCUCGCACAACAGGCUCCCGUAGAGAGCGCCUUUUCAUCCAAAAUGCCGCUGUCUUUUCUGCCCAAAAAGAAGAAAAAGGACAAGGACAAGGCCGGAGAAACCAAGGAAGAGAGAAGAGAAAGGAGACGAAGGGAGAAGGCUGAGAAAGAAAAGCUGAAGUUGGAGAAACGAGCGCAAGUGAUAGCUGCUCAAGAACCGGCCAUUUCUGAUAUCGUUGCAGGUAGUGGGAACGAGGAGGAUAAAAAGGGCGCUGGGAGGUUUAGUUUCCGUAAACGUAAAUACGAUGUUGAUCACGAGGUAGAUAGCAACAACCCAUCGCCUUCUUUGGAGCGGGCUGAGUUUUUAAAUCGCGAGAGUCGAUCGGGUAGUGACUCCGGGAGCAUCGGGGCAACACGGUAUAGGACAAGUGGGGACAGAGAUUCGAGUUUGGACAAACUACACGAGAACAACACACACAACGGUGGUUUUGCUGAUCAUAGGGACGGAGCAGAACCAGUUGCCAAGCCUCGAACACAUAGAAAGAGCUCUAAGACAUCAAGUCUUGAUAUUAAAUUGAAAAACGGCAGCCGUGGGAGUGAGAGCGGAGAAGACGGUCAAGAUACUAUGAGUUAUACCUCUGACAGAUCUGACAGUGUUCAGGGUAGAAACAGGGAUGAUUCCUUCUCGAGGGGACGAAAUUUCGAAGGAAGUACAGCUUUUGCUUUAUCGGGAACACCCAAGAAGGAUAGCAUUAAACGCGAAGCCCCAGCAAACCCACCUCCGAAACCUCCAAGAGUUGUUCAACCGGAUGAGAGUGGAAUGGUUGAGCUAAAGUUUAUAAAUGCCGGUGGAUCACGAAGGACACCCAGACACGAACAGGAAAUAAAAGUUUCUAGUUCAGUUAAUUCUUACUCUGCACCUCCCCAAGAUCUAAGUUUUAUGGAUACAUCGAUGGAAAACAAGCCAAUUUACGAUGAGAAGGUUUCGCGUGAGUAUGCGGACGGUGUGUAUUCGCAGCCCGAGGUCCUUGUAUCACCAACUGAGAAAUCGUUUGAAAGUCUCGGAGUGGAUUUGCAACUACCAGAAGUUGUGCCAGCUAGUCCAGGGGCUCCUAGAAUUAUUCGAAUUAAACGUAGAUCCAGCGGUGACUUCGGCUUUGCUCUGCGAAGGGGUACAACUCCCGGGAGAGGGGACAAAACAGUGCAUUUUGUUGAACCAGUUGGUCCAAACACGGUGAAGGGUAUUUUACCAGGAGAUCGACUUAUCGAGGUCAAUGGCACGAAUGUUGAGGACAUAGACAGAGAGAAAAUCAUCGAAAUGAUCGCCAUGUCAGGCGAGGAAGUUGUCAUCAAGGUUUUGCCGGUUUCGGAGCUUUCAGAAUUGAGCGUAAGAAGCGGUUUAGAUGGUUCUUUUAUCCAACUUGAUGACUCGAAUCUCAAAGCUGGCACGCUACAAAGAAGUGGCUCCAAGAGAAUGAAGAAAAAGCCCAAGUCUGUGGAGGAGGUGGCAUCAAACAAGGCGUGGCAUGAUGCAGAGAAGGUGUGGGUGGUCCACAAGGCAGGGUUCUCAGGUGGUAGGGUGCUGCGCUUAAAGCCGUCAGAGGGUGCUAAUGAGGAUGAGAUGCCCAUGUGCCAAGUCAAGCUGGACCAUGGAGGGGAGCUCAUUACUAUUGAGGAGGAGAACAUUGAGAAGGCCAACCCUCCUCAGUAUGAUAGAGCAGAGGACCUUGCCACCCUGCGCUACCUUAACGAGUCCAGCUGCCUUCACACCCUGCGUCAACGAUAUGGAAGUAACCUCAUCCACACUUACGCCGGACCCAACAUGAUUGUCAUCAACCCCCAGCAGCAGCUUGCCAUCUACACUGAUAAGGUUAUCCAGAUGUUCCGUGGAUGUAAGCAGGAGGAUAUGCCACCACACAUCUUUGCCACAGCCCAGACGGCCUACCGCAACAUGCUCGCAACCAGGAUAGACCAGUCUGUGGUGCUGAUGGGGUCUAGUGGAUCUGGAAAGACGACUUGCGCAAAGCAUAUCCUCCACUACCUCUCAUCGAUAGCUGGCUCUUCUCACUCCCCUGUCACAGAUCAAAAUUUCGAAGGGAUCUUUGCACUGUUAGAGUCAUUUGGAAAUGUGCAGACCAUUUUGAACAGGAAUGCCACCAGAUUUACACUUCUUGUGAGUCUAGACUUUGAUUCAGCAGGAGGACUGACUUGCGGAUCCCUGCAGACAUUUUUGUUGGAGAAAUCACGGGUUGUUCGGCAAAAGGAAGGCGAAGGGACUUUCAACAUAUUCUAUUAUCUGUUGUCUGGCAGCGACCCAAAGCUAAGGAAGGAGCUCCUACUUGAUGCUGCCCUCAAGGAGCCAAACGAUUUCAUUUUAGGCUUCGACCCAGCUAGUGUGGAUAGUGCCAAGUGCUCAGUCAAGUGGACGGAGCUGGAAUUUGCGCUCAACAUGCUCGGUAUCAGUGCAGACGAAGCUAAGGCGAUCUGGUCUACACUGGCCGCCAUCUACCACCUUGGAUCUGCUGGUGUGACCAUAGGAGCGGAUAGCAAGCCAUACUUUGCCAACCCUGCCGCCAUCCAGCGUGCUGCCACGGUCUUGGGCACCACGCCCGAAGAACUCUCAGAAAUCAUCUUUGCUCCGCCUCCCAUCAAUCAGUUCACCAUACGGAUGCGCAACAAGGCAGAGUCCCUGAGCACUUCCCCCUCGCCAACAUCCUCUGGAGAGCCAUCUCCCGAAAAACAGGCCAGGGGAGCGGCCGCCAAUUUUAUAGAAGCGCUAGAGGGCUUUGCUAUGGGCAUGUACCAGGAGAUGUUCAACGCACUCAUCAGGCUCAUCAACAGAGCGUUGCAGUGCAGCGUUCGCAGCGUGACCACCAUUCAUGUGCUGGACUCGCCUGGCUUCCAGAAUGCCAUGUCCAUGGGUCGGGACAGUGGCGCGUCUUUCGAGGACCUCUGUCAUAACUACGAGUGUGAGCGGCUGCAGAAGUUUUUCCAUCACACUGUUUUCACCCAACAGAUGGAACGAUACGGCCAGGAGAACAUCGAGUGUAGCUACGAGAGUGAAUCUAUUCCGCCAGACCCCGUGGUUAAGGUGUUUGAUCGCGCAGCACAAGGAGUGACUCGCGGAUCCACGCUGGACUUGAAGAGCGAGCAGAAGGGCUUGCUGUGGAUCCUGGAUGAGGAAUCCAUCUUCCCGGGCGCUAAUGACAGCAGCUUCUUGGCCAGACUCUACGUACACCACUGCAGCGAAAAGGAAUCCUGGGUGAAGCAGGGUCCGAAAAAAGACACGUUCUACGUAAAUCAUUGCCAAGGGACGCUUCCUGUGUUGUAUAACGCGCAAGGCUGGCUCAAACUCGCGAGGGAGAACGCCACCACGAAACAGGCGCGAGGCAUCCUCGCGGACUCCACCAAGAACUCGGUGAACAGUUUAUUCUCUCAGCGCAACACCGCUGACAGUAUCUCGAGGUCCCGCAGUUUCAAACGCGCCACCAUGAGCCCUCCGACCGCCAUUAAGAAAAACUCGCAGUGUCUGCAACUCAUCUAUCAAGUGGACACUCUCCUCGACGCUAUCCGUAAAACCAAAGUGAACUUUGUGCGCACAAUACUGCCUGUAUCAACCGCUGGCCAGACUGACAUCACGGAUCCCAUCACUAAGGCCAAGGUCUCCAAGGAGAUGGCUACCCUUGACGUGCCCAUGGUGCGGCAACAACUGCGGUCAGCGGAGAUGCUCGAUGCUGUCAGGAUACACCGUCAAGGCUUUCCGGAGCACAUGCCGUUUGGGGAGUUUCGGCGAAGGUUCGACGUGUUGGCGCCUGUGCAGUACAGGACCAGCGCAGGACCCGUGCUGGACGAGAAAAAGGGCGUGGAGCUGUUGCUGAGCCAUCUGGAGUUGGAUCAGAGGAGCUACCGACUUGGACUUAGUCAGAUCUUCUUCCGCGCGGGUUCGCUGGCACAGCUCGAGGAUGCUCGCGACCAGAAGACGACAGGUACCAUCGUCGAGUUGCAAGCUUACUGCCGCGGCUUCUUGGCCAGAAAACGACUCAAGAAGUUACAGGUUCAGAACAAGGCCAUGAUAUGUAUCCAGAGAAAUAUUCGUAAGUUCAUGGCUGUCAGGAGCUGGUCCUGGUGGAAGCUGUACACAAAGGUUUUGCCUCUCUUGAAUGUCCACCGCACCGAGGAAGAGCUCAAGUCUAAGUCAGGCGAAGUUGACAUCCUGAAGGCGAAGGUCGCGAGGCUGGAAAACGAGAACAAAGAGCUGAACGACGAAAACAUGAAGCUCGAACAAAAGGUGUCCGAAUUAUCGGUCCAGCUGUCCGAGGAUCGCGCCGCCGCCAACCAUGCGAGCCAGAUGCUGGAACAAGAGACCAUGGAGAGGAUGAGACUUGAGGUGCAGCUACAAGAGAUACAGGAGUCUCUUGACGAGAUCAAGAAGAAGAAAGAACAGCUGGAGGUCGAGCUGCUUGAGGCCAAAGCGCUCGUGUCCACUUCUGCGCGGCGGGGAGAAGCACGACUACUUCAGGCUGAGAAGAGUGAGAGGUUCGCGGGAGAAGGUGCCUCUGACGAUGAGGACUUUGAAGAGGAAGAGGAGUACUACCGUGAACGUUACCUCCAGGCGUCACGCGAGCAUGAGCAACUGCGCAAAAAGCUCCAGAGUCAAGCUGAGAAGGAGAUGGAGGAGGUCCUUAACCAGAAGAGAAUCGUAGAAAGAAAGUUGGCAGAGGAGCAGUCAGAGAAUGACGAGCUCCAUCGCCAGAUGGCGGGCCUCAAGAAGAAGUCCUCACGUCUUGCACAGGAGAAGGAGGAUAUGAAACUACUGCUGGAAGAGGAACAAACCAGAAACACAGACCUCGAGAAGAAACAGAGAAAGUUUGACAUUGAAUCGAAUCACAUGAAGCAGGAAGUCGAACAUGAGCGAAUGCUGAAGGAUAAGAUCAAUCGCGAGAAAAAGAAAUUCCAGGCAGACAAAUACCGUCUUGAGCAGGAGCUGGAUCAAGUCCAGGAAGACCUGGACCGCGCUACCAAGGACAAGCACAAGCUGGAGCAAGACCUGCUGGAGUUUUCCAAGGAACCGGGCGGCGAGGUUAACGCUGAUGCCGUUGCUCUGAAGCGCCAGAUCCGCGAGCUCGAACAGAAGGUACAAGACCAGGAGGAGGAGUUGGACGAACAGGCAGGGCAGAUCCAGAUACUGGAACAGACGAAGUUGCGCCUGGAGAUGGCUGGCGAGCGUGACAAGCAGUUGAUCAGUAAGGAGCUUGAGGCCAAGGAAGAGGAACUCGAGGAAGUACGCUAUAGCAUGCAGAAAAAGAUCAAGCAGUUAGAGGCACAGCUAGAGGAGGAAUACCAAGAGAAGACCUCAGCCAUCAAGGCCAAGCGUGACAUCGAGCGGCGUAUCGAGGAAUUGCGUGACCAAUUCGCGCGUGGUGACGCAGAGACUGAGCGGAGGUUGCGCCGCGAGCUGAAGCGAACAAAAGCACUAUUGCGUGACGCACAGACCGUGAUUGACACCCAGGAGCAAAAGCUCAAAGACAGGAAUCAAAUGAAGGCGCUCAAGGACAGACUCGAGGACCUGGAGCUUGAGGCCCACAACGCCAAUAAGUCCAAGAAGAAGGUGGAGGUGGAGCUAGCAGAGGUUCAGGCCCAGUUGGAUCUAACCACAAAGGGAAAGAUUGAGUUUGAGAAUAAAUACUUCGCCGUGAUGAAAGAAAACACAGAGCUACAAAGCCGUGUGGACGAAGACGAGGAAGACAUUGAGAAUUUGGAGACCAAGAACAGGCAACUUCUAAAAGAGUUGUCGUUGUCGAAGGACAUGCUUCGUGAGCACCAGCAUCAGCUACAAGACCUGACCAUAGAGAAGGAAGAGCUGGAGGCGAAAGUGAUGCACAUGGCGUCACGUCUAGCUUACCUGGAAGAGUCCACGGUGGAUAAGACUAAGCUCAGUACCAUGGACAGCAAGAUGAAAGAACUCGAGACGAAACUGGACUUCGAAGGAUCCUUCAAGAAACGGCAAGAUAUGCAAGUGACGCGGUUAAAGGAGCAAGUUCAGAGAUUGCAAGACGAACGAGAUGAUGGUCAGCUACGAGAAACCAAACUUCAGCAAGAAAAUACGAGAUACGAGCGCCAGAUGCGUGAGAUGCGUGAAGAGAUGAGCGCCUUGGAGAAACGCGAGGAGGACAUGAGGAAGAGAAAAUCGGAAGUGGAGGGUGAGAUUGAGAACCUGGAAGCCCAGUUAUCCCUGUCCAAACAAGAGCUCAACCUGAGUAAAAAACGCGUGGCGGAGCUUCAGCGAGCCUUAGAAGACGACAUGCUCGACUCAGAUGGCAUCGACGACUCCGACCUCAGCGAUGGCGACCUCGAUAUAACGCUAGAAACAGCCUCCCGCGGUCCGUCUGAGCCGCGCUCAUACCGGUCACUGGAGGACUUGGACGACGAUAGUGAUCUGCAGAACAAACUCAAAAGCCGCCUGACAGACCUCGCGGACGGUCGCGACGAACGAAGCAGCGGACUAGAUAGUCCGCGAUCACUUAACUCACCGGACAGCGUGACUAGCCCUGAUGGCACGCGCGACGAAGGCAAGCCGAAAAAAAGCGCCGCAAAGAAAGAACACAGCCGAAGCCGUGAAGAGAGACGGAAAAAAAGCAUCGAAAAACGCAAAAGCCAGGAGAAAAUGAAUCGAAGGGCCAAGCCCGCUCCUGGGUCAUUUGAUAUUUAGACAUUUUAAAAUUAUUAAUUCAAAGUUAUUAAUCCAAGGAGCUGGGUCAGAUGAAAUAUCGGCCGUGAUAUAGUAAGGCACAAGGUAAUGACUCGGGUUUCCUGUGGGGCCGGGGUUAUCCACCUAUUCUAAAUAAGUCUUCACUGUGAGAAACCGUACGAACCUGUGCGCUGCGUUGUGGGUAAUGACACAAAAUCUUGGUCUAUAGAAACCCGUGCUGGCGCUGAUAUGGUAAGAGGUUUUCAAACUGUAGUCUUUUUAUUGCAUUUAGCUCCUCAUUUGUGAAAUACCUAUGAGGCAGCGAGGAUAUCACGGUGGCUCGCGAUGCAGCCGUUUGUAGCAGGCGUGUGUAUUUUUUAGCUCGAGUCAGAGCAGGGUUAAAAUGAACUUGGGUGUCUAGUGGAGUGUGAUAAAAAGCUGUUUUCCCAGUGUUUGGUUACUUGUUUAAAAUUAUCUUCAAAUGUCGUGAACGUGGACGGUAUUUUCACUAUCAAGGCGAUCCCUUUAGACCGGAUGCAGUAGUGUCCAAAUCCGAACCGUGUCGGAAAAGGGCUUCGAAAUAUUCAGCUGGCACAGACUUAUUCCUUUUAUUCCAAUCUAACGCAGUUUAAUUUUUACUUGUAAUAAAAGGAAGCGAUAGCAGACAGCAAGGUCCACCAACAGCACAACCUUUGUUACAUCUAUAAAAACGUGUUUUGGGAGAAGAGAGGACAGGAAACGCAAUUGAAUCACUUCAAACGCAUUUCGCGUAAAGCAAAUCCGUUAUUUUCCUAUCCGGAAUUCUUCGUCUUUUUGUGCGUUUCGGAAAUGCGUUUUUCCCGCGUGUUCAUUGUUAACCAACAUUUGAAAACUCCCAUCUUCAAAUUUGUAUCCAAGUCCUGACAUUGGUAAUUGAAUUUAAAAACAAAAGAAAAAUCCCACCUUCCUGUUAUGUAUUAUUCACACGCCUGAGCUAGUCUCGAAUAAUGCGAAAUCUAAGUAAUAAUAGGGAACGGUAUUUCGAAUUAAUAGUAUAGAGAUGGUAUUUUUGUACAAUUUCGUCUUUUAACUAGAAUUGAUCACAAUUCAUUGAAAUAUGCAUGCCACUUGUUAAAUUGAACUCGAUGUAAAUUUAUGUGGUAUUUAAACAAGUUGAUAAAAAUAUCUAAAAAUUAA